AUGCAAAAUGAAUACAACAUGUGCAUGACCAUUUUGCUGCUGAUCGUAGGGUUUGUUCGAGCGGAGCAUUUGUUAUUCUCAGAUUGCGGAAUUCGCACGUCCCGUAGGCAGCCGCGAAGCAGCACCAGCUGGAACAGUUACUAUAGCCGACCGGAUCCGUCCCGAACGAGCACUCAGCAGACCACCUCACCCCGUCCGGAAGACCUGGAAGGCGGCGAAACAACGGACAGCCCGAGCCGGAAUCCGAAAAUUAUGCACGGCGUUCCGACCCUUGAGGGACAAUACCCGUGGCAGGUAUCGCUGGAGCUAAUGCACCCGUCGUACGGUUUCAUCGGCCACUGGUGCGGUGGGGUGUUGAUCGACCGGAAUUGGGUCCUUUCGGCGGCGCACUGCAUUCACAACGAUCUGUUCAAUUUGCCUUUGCCAGCACUGUGGACCGUAGUGCUGGGCGAAUACGACAGGGGUCACGAGUCCGGCUACGAACAACGCAUUCCGGUCGAUAAGAUCAUCCUGCAUGAGAAGUACCACAAUUUUAAGCACGAUCUCGUGCUGCUCAAACUAAACCGACCGGCCAACAUGGCGUCCGAUUCGCGCGUUAAGAAGAUCUGCCUGCCAUUCGCCGACAUCAAGGUCAACAGUGUGGCGUACGAUCCGCGACCGGAGCUGGACCGACUGAACAUGAAAGCCACCGGCGGAACGUUGUUCUUCUACGAUUACCUCGGGCGACCACCGGAUGGUGCGGCAGAAAACGGUCCCAACGAUGAGGCUGGAACUGGUGCUGAAAGCGACACAGGAUCACCGGCAUUUCCGGAACCUUUACCGGAACGGGACGAUAACUACCUGCGGCGGUUGCGUCUUCUCGGGGAAAGUCCCAGAUGGCCGCGGCGAACCACGGCACGGGUCCUCGUUACCCAAUUGGUGCGACAGCAGCUGCAACGAAACAGCACUGUGACCAGCACGAAACGGACCAACCACCGGAGAGGCCGUCGGUUGCAGCACAAAGCUGAUUUCGACGAUGACGACGAUGAUGACGAUGAUGUUAAUAGUGAGGAUUACAAUUACAGCGGCAGGAACCGUCGGCCUGGGGGCAAACAACGUCGACGGAAUGAUAAGUUCGUUCACGGUGGAUUCUACCGAAACGAGCACUACCGGAACGAGUUCGGCGAGGAGGACAACAGCAGCAGCAGCAGCAGCAGUAGUGGUGGUGGAGGUGUAGUCAGUGCCAUCCCCGAUACCACCCAGUACGUGGACUGCCUGGCAACAGGUUGGGGCAAAUCGACAAUCGACGAUGAAUUAACUGACAUCCUGCUGCAGACGAAGGCCCCCAUCCAGAAUAGUAAAAAAUGUGAGGAAGCGUAUGGAGAUUUCAUCAAGCUACAUCGGGGCCAUCUGUGCGCGGGCAACGUCGACGGAACAGGCGGCACGUGCGUGGGUGACUCCGGUGGACCGCUGCAGUGCCGAAUAACCAAGCAUGGUCCAUGGAUUCUAGUCGGAAUAACGUCGUUUGGAUCAGGAUGUGCCUUCAAAAACUAUCCGGAUGUCUACACGAAGAUAUCCUUUUACCGGCAGUGGAUAAUGGACACAAUUCGGGAGAAUUGA